UCCUAUCUUUCUGGAUUCUUUAGUCACAGCUUGGGCCUUGGGGCAUGGGCGGAUCUUUGAAGGCCUGUGCCAGGGCCACGGCCCUGGCAAGUUUUUCGGCCGUAGUGCUAAUUUUCCGCAUUUCGAUCGAAAUUUUUUAUAUAUACUAUGUUCGGCCCGGGCAUUUUUUAGUGCCCGUGUCUUUCGACCCUGGGACAUUCAACGGGCAAGAUCCGCCACUGCCUUGGGGUGCCAUUCUUAUUUCAGUCACCUUAAUUCUUCUCUUUGGUGAGCUCCUAGACUAUCUGUUGGGGCAAGAACAAAUUGCUCUGUUCCGGAGAGCUGAGUUAAAGACACUAGUGAAUUUGCAUGGUAACGAGGCCGGGAAAGGAGGAGAGCUAACACAUGACGAGACAACCAUAAUAGCAGGGGCACUUGAGCUUUCAGAAAAGACAGCUAGUGAUGCAACCAUAAUAACGAGGUGUGAACGGAGGAGGUGGUGUCGCCGGAGAAGCCUGAUCGUAGGAGAAGGUGUGCCGCCGAAGAAGCCUGAUCGCCGGAGAAGGAAGGAUCGAUUGUAGGAGGAUGGUGGGAAGGUGGGGGGUAAAUAUGCUUUCAUGUGUUACUUACAGGGUGUUGUAAUGAAGAAGCUUCACAAAGGUUUGCAAAAUUACCUAUUUACCCUUUGACCCUCACCUUGUUAUGUUGACUGUUAAGCAAAUCUGACGACGGGGGGUAAACUUGCGACAUAACAUCAAACG